CAACCCGGCGCGUCUCUUCGCUAGCGUCCGCCGCCGUGCCGCAUCAUCUCAGCCGCGCGCCGCCAUCGCCGCCCCGGCAUUGAUUUUUCAGCCCCUCAUAGCCGGCAGAUGGAAGAGGUAUCAACCAGCGAAACCACCUCUGGCGUCGAUGAGCUAUGUGCAACAGAUUUCUACAAUCUUCGCGGCGUCGAUGACGACACCAAGGCAAGUAAGAAACGACAGCUGAGGAUGAGGGAGGAACGGAUCCAGAACAGGCGCUUAAAGAAGCAACGUAAGAAAAGGGAGGCCGAAGAAACCGUGGAGAGGGCCCUCAAGAUAAGAGAGGAACUGCGUCAACACAGGCUCGAUUUCGAGGCGUCGGUAAAGGGCAGAGAGGAGUACUACUACUACACCCCUCGGUGGAGGAAGGCAGUCCCUGUUGAUAAGGUCGAAAAACCAUUACCAGAUUUUGAAUGGAUUCCGUAUGAUUCGAUGGAUGAGUUCGGGAGAGUAUCUGAGCUCAAGCAUACAAGUUGGAGAGUCGAGGAACUCACAUUACAACUUGCUAAGUCUAUUGUUGGACUUCAGUCAUAUUCAGGAAACAAGCAUCUCUUCUCUUGCUCCGGAACUAUUGUCGAGUUUCUGAUGGGUAUUGGUUAUGUGGUAACAUCUGCAAGUUUAGUUAAAUGGCCGCACCAAGAUAAGCAGGCUGAUCAACUUAAGAUCGAUGUACAUUUACCAAGUGGAGAAGUACUCGAGGGUUCAGUCUCAAAUGUCGAUUUUUCUUACAACGUAUGUGUGGUUGAAGUUCCUUCAACUUUGCAGCUGCCAACGAGAAGUUUCAGUGCGGACACUAGAAUUUUCAAUUUUUAUGAGCGCCAUCCAAAAGAUGUUGUAGCUGUAGGCCGUCUUUGUAAGCCUUGGAGCUUGAACGCUGCUUUGGGGAAACUGGUUCCAAAAAGAAGCCAGUUUGAUUGUGAGGAGCUUCUUGUUUCAUCUUGCAGGAUUUCAGAGAGAGGUGUUGGGGGUCCUCUGAUGGAUUUUGAUGGAAAUAUCAUCGGCAUGAACUUCUAUGACAAGAAAGAGACCCCUUUCCUUCCAGGUUUCAUUGUGUUGAAGUGUUUGCAGCACUUCAAUGAUUUCAAGAAGGUCAUACGACCGUUGCAUGGACUGCGAGUUAAAACUCUUAACGAAGAUGAACAGCUUGCUGCACUUGAAAAGAUACAUCAAGUGUUCCCUGAGGUCCGUGGUGUGAUCGUGGAGAAGGUCGAAGUACCUUCAGCUGAACAUUCUGAGAUAAAGGUCGGGGACAUCAUCACUCAUGUUAAUGAUGUACCUUUCUCCAGUGCUGCAGAGUUGGGUGGCAUACUGCUGGAUACGUGCGCUCAGCACAUGCUGGAGACACAGAAAUUGGACCCAACAAAAGACGGAAACCAGAUGGAAGCAGUGAUAAGCCUCAAGUUUGAUGUGAAAACAGUGAGAGGUCGCAGAUCUGAAGCCACAACCAGAACAAUCGACGUCGGCAGGUUUAAUCCUACUAGUGGAUUCAACAGGUGGCCACUUGGGAGACGUUAUCUUAUUCGACGGGUUGAGGACGGAACCCUUUUCACCGAAAAGCGGUGUGGCUAACAGGGAAUCAACUUCGUUUUGCCCCUUAUGGGUAGAACUGAUUUGUAUAUUAUGCUAGUACUAAUAUAAUUAGGGUUAGUGUUCGGUCAGGUUAGCGUCUGCUUGGUUUGAUAGUACUUUAAGAUAUAGGAGUAGACAGAAGGAAUAGUAUAAUCCAGUAUUAUUCUACUUAAGAUAUAGGAGUAGUAUAAUCCAAUAUUUAUUUCUUCCGGGGAAAUAUUUUUGGGAAAUUCUAAGCAGCAAGUAGCAACGUGUGCA